UUGAAAUGUGUUGUAUUGGAACAUUUCUUUCAACGUUUUGAAAGAAAAGUUUAAUUUUGUGCCGUAUUUAUCCCUUUUUUCUUUUACCCAUGUCAGUUUUUGUUGUAUUUCUGUCAUGCUCAUCUGCAUUUUAACCUUUAAGUGCACCUCUGAGUAGAAUAAAACAGCGCAUUGUGUAUGUUUAUACCAAAUAGAAAACUUUGUCACUCAGUUGUUGUGAAGCAUUCGUCUUUGCAAUAUGUACAUACACUGUUUUUCCUCAAAUGAUUAUUACUAAAUACAAUUUAAAGCAAUAAAAUGCAUCAGUACCACUACUGAUUUUUUUUUUUUUGUUCAGAUUCUUGUCUAACAGUUCUGUCCAAUCGCAUCACAAUAAUAUGACCCUAAAAAAGAAGAACAGCAUCUGCUGAUUCAGAUCGACAUCGUCCUUCUCUUCUCUGUUCCAGUUCCAAAUGAGUCUUCCAUGACACUUUUUAAGUUUAAAAAGUUUUAAAGACCAACGACUGCAUCAAAGAUCGUGUAAAAGUGCUUCUACAACAUCGCUAAGGUAAAGGCUUGGCACACAGCACUUUGCAAUCGUUUCCUGGCUAUAAGGGUCGCAAAAAUAGAGGAGCUGAAUCACAUCUGGUGUAGCAGAUCGGCACAACUUCACAACCAGAAAUUCUGAGAGCUGAAAUGGAGGAAGGUGACUAUAUUUUUCCUGAUGAUUAUAAUGAGACCGACUGGUGUGAGGGGGUUGAAAACUGCACGGCUUUUGUGCUCCCCACUGUAACGCCACUGUCCAGGAUUGGUUCCCGGCACUGGAUCGUUCUGGUCUGCUACUUCAUUGUGUUCCUGUUGGGUGUCCCGGGGAACGCUCUGGUGGUGUGGGUGACCGCGUUUCGAAUGCCAAACUCUGUAAACGCGCAGUGGUUUCUGAAUCUGGCCAUCGCAGAUCUGCUGUGCUGCUUGUCGUUGCCUCUCCUCAUGGUGCCGCUUGCCCAGGACCAGCACUGGCCUUAUGGUGCUUUGGGUUGCAAAUUACUCAGCGGUUUGUUCUACAUGAUGAUGUACUGCAGCGUUCUGCUCCUGGUCGUGAUCAGCUUGGACCGUUUCCUACUGGUGACCAAACCGGUGUGGUGCCAGAACCACAGGAACACGAGGCAGGCCCGCUGCGUCUGUUUGGUCGUCUGGAUUCUCGCUCUCCUGGCCGGUUCUCCUCAGUUUGCUCACAUGGGGAUACAUGAAGUGAGCAAGACUAAAACAUCAUGUGAAGGCAGAUACAGUAACUUGGGUCAUGCAUGGUCCGUAACCCUUACCCGCUGUUUUCUGUCUUUUCUGCUGCCUUUCCUGAUCAUCUGCAUCAGCCAUUGGAAGGUUUUCCUCACGACGAGCUCUGGCCGAGGGCAAAGAGGCAGCGACAAGUCAACCCGGGCGCUACGUGUCAUCCUGGCAUUGGUGCUCAGCUUCUUCCUGUGCUGGAUUCCUUUGAACAUCGUGGAUAUUCUGCUGUUAAUGAUGCAAAAACAAUCCCAUAACGUUCGAGUCAACUUGCAUCUAGCCCACGUGCUGACGCUCUGCUUAGCUUACAUUAACAGCUGCCUGAACCCGCUGCUCUAUGUAUGUCUAGGCCGCGGUUUUAAGGAAAGUCUGAUUAGCUCACUGCGAAGUGUGCUUCACUUCGCAUCCGAGGCACCGCCCCAUCGAAUCAGCAUGACUGCGAACAGUAAAUCAACCACAGACGGGUUCAGAGAGAAGCCCUUAUGAAAUCUUUGCGUGGAGAUGUGGAUCGAAAACCUAUUCAAAUACCACCCUCGGGAAUCAUUUGUAGGUUUAUAGAAAAAGUUUAUGGCUCACUAGUGGACAUGCUGCACAACGAAGAUGUACAAACUUAGUCACCAGUAUUGUUCUAUUAACAAUAUUCUUUUAAACCUCCAUAACAUUCUCGCACAAUUCUUUCAAACAAACCAAUAUAUAACCAUUUCCUGUCAUAGCUAAUCAAAAACAGCAGAGCACGGUUCACUAUAUUAACAUGCACUAAUUUUCACCACUCGUAAUUGAUCCAGUUUGAAUUCAGAUUCUGGAAGUUGUGUUUAUAUGAACACGAAACCUUGCAGUCCGAUUCACAUAUUCGUUUACAUGCGCAUUGCACCUAUUGCGAACAAAAAAGUGCAUGAAACAGAGAAAGCCACUGCAAGAAUGUCGCAAUUUGGAAAUAAUUCAGUCUCCUUCACAUAAGUCAACAUGCGCAUUAAGGUGCGGUCACAUUAGCGAAAUUGCAGCAAAUUUUGCGAACAAAAAAGAUCCAUUGUUUCUUUUCAAUAGUGUAGAGAAGUAAGAAGCACCGCUCGUACAAAUGUCACUUUCAGACAAAGCAGGUUUUCUUGCUCAACGCCAUGAAUUCACGUGAGCAAAACAUGGGGAAGGUUUUUUGCCCUCACACGAUCUCGCGUAUUCCUGCUGGAAUGACUAUUUCGCACACAAAAAAUAGUCACGGCAGCUAAAUGUAACCACUUGCAAAAAAAUAGUCACAUUCAAGCGUUUACAUUAUUUGAUUUAUUAUUUCAAUCCGAUCGAAAUUUCAUUCAGAUCGAGUUCAAUCGGAUCGACGGAGAUGUUUACAUGAAGGCCUUUCAGUCCGAUUGAGCCAUCAAUCUGAUUAUACACGGAUUAUUUGGGCGCAUGACGCAUCCGUGACAGUUUUGAUUCGUUAGUAAACAUAUAAUUCAAUGGAUUAAAAUAUUAAUAACCAUUUACAGCCAAAUUAAAAAUCAUUUUAAAUAUUUACGUUUGUACAUUUGCUUUAUGAUAUGGUUAGGCCAUAUAUGGCAUUUCUGUGUAUUGAUUUACUGUAAUCCUUGUAUUCAUUUUAAACUUUAAAAUGUCCUGUUGCAUUAAUUAAUCAACACUAUUUUGCGAUAUAUGGCACAUAGCCUAUAGCCUUUUUCAUCACUGACAUAACUAAAAUGUUGUAAUAUUUGUUUUGUUUCUAGUCAGAUUUGCUUUAUUGUUAAAAGAAUGUUCUGGAUUAAAUACAACAUAGAUACAAAUGCGACUAUUGAUUACCACAGAAAAUAAUUUUAGCUGUUUGUAAAUUCGGACAAAAACGCAGUUACACUCUUAUGGAAGCCAUAGUGUGAAUGUAGGCUGCCACACCGAAAUAAAUGUUAACAACAUACUGUAUUAAAGGUGCACACAUAACAAUUAAGGUAAUCUUU